AUGGAAGAAGUUAUUAGGAGAACUGUUUAUGUUUCUUAUAUAGAUCAACAUGUGACUGAGGAGCAGCUGAUAGGGCUUUCAUCAACUAUGGACAGUAUAUUUAUGGAGAGAUUCUUCCAGAGUUCAGGCUUAGGAUUUGGCCAGAGCUUUGGUAUGAUUAGGGCUGGUCGGAGCGAUUAUAUGGGAAGGGUGGUUGAUUGUCGUGUUUGUGGUUACCCAAAAUUUGUUCUUCGUUUUGGUUUUGUCGAGUUUACCAACGAGGUUCUGCCUUCUAAGACUGCAAUUGCUAUUGUAAACCCCACAGUUUUUCCUCAGAUUUUCAAUCCCCUUGGAAAACUCUCUUUGAUUAUCUAUUUGUGCGCAGCUGCCAAAUUGUUCUCUGCAUACAUCGUGUACGGCACACACAACUUGAUUAAGCGUUAUAGCUACGAUGGGUACAUACUUGCUGCAGUCACCCUUUAUCUUGACAUCGUCAACCUCUUCCUGGCCCUGCUAGCUCAGCUCUUUUCGAGGAAGCGUUAUAGCUAUUGCAUUCAUGUUUCACUGUUUCGAUAUUCUAUUAGUGUUGUUGACAGGUUGUUUUACUUGGUGCAAGACACUCUAGGUAUAGAUAAAUAA